UAAUAAAUAAGUUUUGAUUGAUUGGUUCAUUAGUAUUAGAAAUGUUUAACUUAGAAUUUAUGUAUAUACUGGUAACACUAUCAGUAAUCUUUAAUUGCGUAUUAUGUUUUAAAUUAACUGAAAAUGAAAGAAGAAGGAGGAGAGUAAGCAACGACAGUUCAGUAUUAGAUACCGGUAUCGGUUCUAUAGGAAUAUAUCUCAGCAACUCCAUACAACACCUUCCAGUUCAAAGAAAGCAUUAUCACUUCAGAAUACACCAUCACUACCAUAACCGAGAGAAAGUAUUAAAAUACGUGGACGUUUUCCCAAGGGAUAUAACAAUAUGUGAAGGUACACCCGGUGCAUUUUGCCCCAAUGGUACAUGGGCAUUGUGCACUAAAAAUGGAGCUAUCAGAUGCAUAGCUAGUUUAUGGGGAACUGUACCAUGCGAUGAAAGUUUUUUUCAGCAUUGCGCGGAAGUGACAUUACCAUGUACGCUUUAUACACCAGAAUGUAGACUUGAACGAAGAUUUAGGAAACAAGCAACGUUUAAUAAAGAUAUUCCUUGUAUAACUACAUUAAAAAUGUACUCGAAUUUGGUUUAUGUCAAUGGAACAGUAAUUGCUCAAGAUUUAGUAAAAAUAUAUCCUCCAGAUUUGUUUUGCGUCAUUAUUUUGGCUUUACCAGAUGAGGCAACACAAGGGGAAGAGUUAUUUGAACGGGGUAGUAAAAUACUUGGAGAAUUGUCUCUGCGUGUUUUUGGCAUCAAUAAAUGAUUUUAAUUUUG